AUGGCCAACAACAACAACGCAGGCCGCCCGGCAAGGACCGAUCAGCUCUUGGACGGUCUGGACGCCGUGAACACUCACCUGGCAUCCCCAAAUUUCCUUCGACAUUUGACUGUGUCCCGUCUCCCGUCUGCUGCUGUGAGCGAUUCGUCGUCCUUGAGCCCCGCCAAAGACGAAGCACGGUCGCGUGCACGCCGACCGGACCUCAACAUCGCCGUCGCGCUCGAAGAUGAGAUCGAGCACGUAGACCUGAUCGCUCCCCUAAUUCAAGAGCCUUGUGCCGACGGUAGUACAGGCAGCGUUGAGCAGCAUAUCGUUGACCACCUAGAGGUGACCUUCGUAGGUGCGCAUCGCGUCUACGCCAAGAUGGCUGCAGCGCAGAGCUUCCAGACCUUCUCGCAUGGCCACCAGGACCUCGUACUCGCUAUCGAUUUCAACUACUUUGGCACGCGCAUGGUCACAGCAAGCUCAGAUCACCGUGCCAAAGUCUGGGACAAGAAGGACGAUUCGUGGACCCUCGUGGAGAGCUGGAAAGCUCACAAUGCUGAAAUCAUUGAUAUCAAGUGGAACGGUCCGUUCAUGGGCGAGGUCGUCGGCAGCAUCGGUGAAGAUGGCCACUGCAAGAUUUGGCAAGAGGACGCCACUGAGGUAGCCAUGUCUGGCAAUCGUUUCAAGCUGGUCUACAACCUACAGUCUUUGACCAACGCUCCGUUCAUGUCUUUGGACUUCAAGAACAUCAUGCAGGAGACUUGGCUUGCGCUGAUCACCCGUGACGGCUAUCUCACUGUAUAUGAGCCCCAAGACCAGAACAACCUCCAUGAGUGGACUAUCUUGGCAGAGCGCUGGGUUUCUGAGAAUAACCCCCCCGAGCGUCAAGAGGAGGUGGGCUUCAAGGUCGUCUUUCACAAGGAGAAGUUGCCCUGCUGGACCACCAUCACGGCUGGCCUCGACCGCAAGUCGCUCUCCUUAGCUGUUGCCGCUAUGAAGGACGUCCUUAUUUUCCGCACUGAUAAGGCUAAGCGCUUUUUCCAGGUCGCGAAGCUGGAGGGCGCACGUCAGAUUAUUCGGGAUUUGGCUUGGGCUAAUGGCUCAAUGCGAGGCUACGAUAUCUUGGCCACAGCUAGUAAAGACGGGGCUAUUCGCAUCUAUGAGCUUCGUACGCAGACCGAGGACAAGAAUGCUGCGUCUGGUGCAGCAUCGUCUUCGGCCCCUCCGUCAGUCUCUCCGCGAGGCCACCGACAGAACGCGCCUUCUGGCAUUGGAGCCGGACUUGCUGGAGCGUCGAAGGGUUCUGAUGCAUCUCUCGAGAACGAGCAGUAUCCUGGUCGCAUCAAGCAAAAGGCAGAGAUGACAGAUGAGCUUACUAACCAUCACGGAGCGGUUUGGCGUGUCACGUUCUCGCAGAUGGGUGAUCUACUCGUUACUACUGGAGACGAUGCCAGCAUUCGCACCUGGAAGAAGGCCGCUGAUGGCCACUGGCAGGAAUACGCCCAGAUUGAGACCGCUCAAGACUAG